ACCAUGCCGCCGCGCCGCCGAGGAGCGUCGGGCUACCGCGGCGUCCGCCAGCGCCCCAACGGCUGGUACUCCGCCGAGAUUCGGUCCGGCGACGUCCGGCUCGGCCUCGGUACGUUCCAGACCUCGCACGAGGCCGCACGCGCCUACGACGCGGUGGCGUGGCGCCUGGACAGGCCGCGCCAGCAGAUGAACUUCCAGGAUGUCCACACGCGCCAGCAGGCGCAGGACGUCGCCCCUCCGCCUCGUCUUAUCAUGGACCAGGACUGUGCAGAGCACGCUCGGCGGCAGCGCCGCCUCCUCGUCGCCGAGGAGGACGAGCGGGCCAUGGCGGAGUGGCGUCGGCGCCACCCGGAGGACGUCGCCAACGAGGAAGCCUUCUGGGCAAGGCACCGCGAGGAGCAGACGGCAAAGCGCCGCGUGGAGCGGUUGGACAGGCGUCGGCGGAAGGCCCUGGCGUUAUCGCAGUGCGAAAUCGUUCAAAAUGGUGGGCAAACGAUCUUUUCGUCUGAUGAUGACUGUUGGGAGGACAUUUGGCUCGAUACCUCGGACCAGACCAGCGAGGAUGGUGAUGAAUAUGAUGAUGAUGAUGACUGGGAGUAGGCUGUAGUUGCACUAUCUAGUAGUUUUUUUUAUGUCGUUGCACCGUAGUUUUUUAUCUAUCUAUGCUAUGGAACUAUGUAAAAUAUCUAUGUAUCGUUUUUAUCUAUGAAUUUUAUUUAUUGUUUUUUAUUAAAAAAAUGUACGUAAUGUUUAGCGCCUGCUGCAUUUUAGCGCGGGCGCUGGAGCUACGCGCGCGUUUAAUUUUAGCGCAGCUGCUGGAGCCAGCGUUGCUGGGCGCGCCA